UCUCUUUCGUGUGUGUGUGUGUGUGUGCCGUAGGAAAGACUGACAUGGCGGCUCGUGGGGUGGCAGUGGUUGGGGUGGCCUCCACUGAAAACCCAGCCUGUGUUCAUGGCCCCACUGUCGUGUUUGAGCGCUUCCUGCAGGACGGCAGCACACGCAGGUUCUACGCGUGUGCUGCCUGUAGGGACCGCAAGGACUGUGCUUUUUUCCUAUGGGCGGACCAGACCCUCAGCCACACCAAGAGGAGGCUGUGGGCUGACCUCUACACGGCAGCCUGGUCUAAGAUACCCCACAGAGAGAGAUAUAAGAAGCUGAAGGCGGUGAGGCGGGCAGCAGCUGGGGACCGAGUGUACUGCAAGACGUGUUGUGUGCUGCUGCUGGCGUCUGAGAGAGAGUCCCACUUGUCCUGCUCCCUCACCACCCCUCUGACGGAUACCCAGCUGGCCCAACCCUCCACGUUUCUACCACCAAAAGAAAAUGCAAAGGUGGAAGCGCAGUACCUGUUCUCGGCAAGGAGUGUGGAGGUGCUGGUGGGGCUGGUGAAGUGCGUGGGGGCCUCUGGGGUGCUGUGUGUUGGCGCCCCAAGGAUACAUGAAGCUCUCACAUCCACGCCAGCUCUCAGAAUGGCUUCCCUUUUAAUGGACAUUGAUGACAGAUAUUGUUCCUUCUUCCCGCCGGAGAGCUUCCUGCACUACAACAUGUUCAACCACCACUUGUUUGGCGGCACAGCGGCUCACGACACAUACCUCUCCUUCCUGGCGGCCAAUGAGAAGCUGGUGUUGGUGAGCGAUCCGCCCUUUGGUGGACGCAUGGAGCUGCUGGCACACACCCUGCACACCAUAGAGGCCGACUGGAGGACUGCCGCCGCCCUCGACCCUCAGGCCACGCUGCCCGUGUUCCUGGUGUUCCCAUACUUCCUGGAGGCUCAGGUGGUGGCCAGUCUGCCCACCCUGGCCAUGAUGGACUACCAGGUGGACUACGACAACCACCCCAUCUAUAGUAAAGGGCCAAAGGGGAUGAAGCAUGGGUCAGCAGUGCGAGUGUUCACCAACCAGCCGCUGCACGCCCUGCCGCUGCCGGGAGAGGAGGGCUACCGGUGGUGUGAGCCGUGCCGCCGCUGGGUGCACCAUGCCAACGCACACUGUGAGGUCUGCCGGGCAUGCACGUCCAAGGAUGGCCGCACAUACAAGCACUGUGAUGAGUGUGAGCGGUGUGUCAAGCCAGCCUGGGUGCACUGUGCCACCUGUGGAGGGUGUCGGCCGCCAGACCACCAGUGCUCCACCUUGCCUCUGGGCUGCUACACCUGUGGGGACCUGGACCACAAGCACCUCGCCUGCCCCAAACGCAAGAGGUCUGUGUCAUCGAGAGAAUCCAAAAAGAAGAAAAGAAAGAAAGGUAGCAAGGAGUCAGCAGUACCAGGCAGUCUGGCUGAUGAGAGACACAGGGACCUGGACAUCCUGGCUCAGCUCGUUGAUGGAAAAUAAAGAAAUGAAAUAG